AUGGCUAAGCCAACACUGGAGGGUCUUCCCACCGAGCUCAAAAUUCUCAUUCCAUCUCAAGCGCCGGACGGCGAUGCUCUCAAAUCCCUCGUGCUUGCAUCUCCCGGAUACCACCAGGCGUAUCUUGCAGUGAGACAUGAAAUACUUCGAUGUCUUGUCGAAUGGCAAUACGCUGGAUUUCUUGACUUGGCAGAGGCUCUCACUGCCGUGCGGUCCAAAGGCGUACAUUUCGCCUACAAGAGACAAGACGCGAUUACCUUGCUGGAUAAAUGGCGCCGCAGAAAUGAGAUUCGUGAGCUCAGUCAAUAUUCAUUGUACCAGUGCUCCUAA